CAAAUACCAAAAAUCUCACAUCUUUUUCCUAAACCACAAUCACAUGUUCUUAAUCUAAACCUUACUAUAAAAAAGUUAAAAAGCUAUCACAUCUCUUCACCUUCAAUGUCAAAAGUUUUUCCAAAAAAUUCAUAACUAUUUCUUCCGGUCACCGUAAACCGGGGUUUUACCGCCUUUCGAAUUUACUCAAGACACUAAAAGUAACAUGGAAAUGAUGAAUUGGGAGCGGAGGAGUUUGCUAAACGAGCUAAUUCAUGGACUAAAAGCGGCCAAGCAGCUUCAGGGUUCGUCUUCUCCAUCGUUGUCAGCUUCUUCUUCAUAUUUGACGACGGAGAUAAAGGAGAAUCUCUUACAUAACAUAGUUUCUUCCUUCAAAAAAGCUAUUUUGAUGCUCAACGGAUCCACCACACAACACAAUCCAACGAUAGAGCUUGCGCCUGAUCCCCUAGCUCAUCCCGGAAAGGUUCCAGGAUCUCCAGCAUCGAUCACCGGAAAUCCGAGAAGCGAAGAGUUUUUCAAUGUAAGAUCGAAAGAAUUCAACUUAAGUUCUAAAAAGAGGAAGAUGUUGCCAAAGUGGACAGAGCAAGUGAGAAUUAGCCCAGAGAGAGGCUUAGAAGGACCUCAUGACGAUAUCUUCAGCUGGAGAAAAUAUGGCCAGAAAGACAUUUUGGGCGCCAAAUUCCCAAGGAGUUAUUACAGAUGCACAUUUCGUAACACACAGUACUGUUGGGCUACGAAACAAGUCCAAAGAUCGGACGGUGAUCCAACGAUCUUCGAAGUAACAUACAGAGGAACACACACUUGUUCACAGGGGAUCCCACUUCCAGAGAAACGAGAAACCAAACCAAAACACACAGUAGCAGUAAAUUACCAGAAUCUCAGGGCCAGUCUUACCGUACGUACCGGCGGACUUGGAAGCGAAGCUUUCUCAUUCCCCGUCACGUCGCCGUUAUACACUUACGAGUCCAUCAACGGUGGUGGAACGUUUUACCACCACGUGGGAAGUUCUGGUCCGUCGGAUUUCACUGGAUUGAUCUCAACAAAUACUUCCACAGGAAGUUCUCCAAUCUUCGACGUUAAUUUUCAAUUUGAUCCAACGGCUGAGAUUAACACAGGCUUCCCCACUUUUUUCCACAAUUCGAUUUAAGUAGUACAGUAUUGAAUAUUCUUGAGAUUAA